UAUUUUUUUCUUGAGUUCAGUGAAGAAGACGCUGUAUCAAAAGCCAAGGUCUUCUAUUGUGCUCAGCUAUGGCUGUGAAAACGGCUGAUACCCAAAACGAAAAUAAUGAAGUGUAAAGGUUUUUACACUGAUUUUUGACAUUGAAUUACGGGCAAAACGACAUCAAUAUGAGAGCUUAUAUAUUGUCAGACGGGAGUUACCACGCAUCAUUUUCACCAUGUUACCUGUACGAGAAGUAUUCAUCUGUUCUUUGUUGAUUUUGGGCAGUGCAGCAUUUGAUUGUUUUAAUAAAUGCAGUAAAGUGUGGUCCAAAGGGGUCGAAAAUGAAAAUACAGAAUUUCACAACUACCUGAACAACAGCAAGACAAAUAACAUGCACAAGACUGUUUGGAAAUGGCAAAGUAACGAUGGAUCGGGCAUGUGGGAAAUUUUUUUCAAUAAAUGGGACAAUAAAGGGAUGAAGUCUGGAGGAUUUUUUUUCUAUAAAAACAAUAGGCAAAGGCAUUCUUUUGUCAACUGGAAAUUGACAAAUCAAUCCUUGUUGACUUGGACGUCGGGUAACAACAAAUUGCCGUUUGAACCGUGGAAUUUAACAUUAUGCGAAUCAAAUGUUAAAAUAAGUUUUGACCCUUCAAAAACAAGCUGGACUUAUCAUUUAGGGAACAUUCGCAUACCCAGCGGAGAUAGUGGCAAAAUGUUCAUAAAUGAGAAUUUCUUUAAGCCAGCACAUGGGAAAGAUUCCAUCUCUUCAAGGCAUUCUAGGAUCAAACGAGAAGAGCCUGAAGCUGAAAAAUCGGAAGAGACCGUCUGGAAGCGUCUCAAAGGAUACUUCAAAGAACUUUUUGAUAACGGACCAAAUGAUCAGAGGGGCUGGAUGACAAGGAUUGCAGAUUGGGUUAUGGGUUUCCUCGAAAGACUACUCUCCUAGCAAUUAGCCAUCGCCUUGUCAGGGCUUGCAGGCUGAACCUUGACAUUGCAAAAAUUCCAUUUGUUUAAAAACAAAACACAAUAUCAGUCGAAUUUUUCCCCACUCUAUUGUAUUGCCUUUUUAGAGGAAAUAUGUCAACCUUCAAAAGUUCCUAGCAUCCUGGAAAUGCUUUUUUUUCACCCGCACAAACAAUAUCUGUAUAUCUAGCAUUGAAAAUAAAUCACGUUGAUCAUUAUA